AUGUCGACAUACAGUAUCAUCGUGCUCGGAGCUGGAGGGGUGGGCAAGUCAUCGCUCACUCUGCGGCUUGUACAGGGCGAGUUUUUCGAUGGGUAUGAUCCAACAAUUGAAGAUAUUUAUACCAAAACGCUCAAAGUUGAUGAAGACUAUUGCUCGCUUCAGAUCACCGAUACCGCUGGUGCAGAACAAUUUACGGCUGUCAACGAAUACUAUUUAAAGUCGGCUCGUGGCUUUAUUCUAGCAUUCAGCCUCACUCAAGCUGCAAGUGUGCGUGAAGUCGAGAACCUCCGAACUCAGAUAUACCGGGUCAAAGGCCAUGGUGCUACCCAGAUCCCGAUGGUGCUGGUGGGCACCAAAGCUGACCUCGCGCCGGAUCGCGAAGUUAGCCGUGAGACGAUGCAAGCGCUGGCCGACAAGUGGAGCAUCCCAUACUACGAGACGUCAGCCAAGCGCAACUGGGGGGUCUCCAAUGUCUUUGAAGAUAUUGUCCGGCAGAUGAGAUCCAAGGGAAUGGACACCCCAACUUCAGGCUCUGGAUCCAAAGGCCGCACACGCAAAUCCAAGAGCGCCGGAACACUCGACAGCAGAUGUGUGCUCAUGUGA